GACUCACGUGACAAAGCACUUGCCGUCGCGACUCGCCCUGCUCGGCGCCUGUUCCCAUCUCGGACGAGAGAUGUGAAGCGAAGAGCGGCGGCGAGUAACUAAGGCCGACGAUCGAGCGAGCGAGCGAGAGAGAGAGAGAGAGAGAGGAGAGAGAGAGAGAUGGCGGAAGAGUUGGAUUGGGAGUCGCUGACGGAGGCGACGUCGGGGGCGGUUGGGGCGCUGGUGAGCACCACCGCGCUCUACCCUCUCGAUACCUGCAAGACCAAGUUCCAGGCUGAGGUCCGAUCCCACGGCCAGGGAAAGUACAGGAACCUUUCCGACGUGUUGUGGGAAGCCAUUUCCAAACGCCAAUAUAAAUCCCUAUACCAAGGCUUAGGCACCAAGAAUCUGCAAUCUUUCAUCUCACAAUUUGUUUAUUUUUAUAGUUAUAGCUACUUAAAACGGUUUCAUUUAAAAAAGAGUGGUGCUAAAUCUGUUGGAACUACAGCAAAUUUGGUUGUUGCUGCUGCUGCUGGGGUUUGCACUGUUCUUGUAACACAACCCCUUGAUACAGCAUCUUCAAGAAUGCAAACUAGUGCCUUUGGGAAGUCUAAAGGAUUAUGGGAAACUCUCUCAGAAGGACAUUGGAUUGAAGCCUAUGAUGGCCUAGGGAUCUCUCUCCUUUUGACAGCAAAUCCUGCAAUUCAGUAUACAGUAUUCGAUCAAUUAAAACAAAGGGUUCUGAGGAGACAAAGCAAUACAGUUGCAACAGAAAACACAAAAUCAUCUCCUGCAUCUCUUUCUGCCUUCUCAGCGUUUCUACUUGGUGCCAUCUCAAAGAGUGUAGCAACUGUUUUGACCUACCCUGCCAUUAGGUGUAAAGUCAUGAUUCAGUCUGCAGAUAUAGAAGACGGGUCAAAGAAGGAUUCUCAAUCUAAACGUCCCAAGACAAUGUUGGGUGCGCUAUCUUCCAUAUGGAAGAACGAGGGGCUUCCUGGAUUCUUCAAAGGCUUGAACGCUCAGAUUAUUAAAACUGUUUUAAGCUCUGCCUUGCUGUUGAUGAUAAAGGAGAAGAUUUCAACGCUUACAUGGAUUUCAAUGCUCGCACUUAAAAGGUUUCUAUUAGCCUCAGAGAGGAGAGUUAAGAGCCACUAGAUGCAUGUUAAACAUUCAUUCCAUGUUAAACUUGGAUCACAAACUGCAAGCUGGCAAUGUUGCAGCCAAUUAUUUUGGCAAUUCAAUUGAAUUACUAGAGAUUUUCUUCAGCAGCUACAUGGCUUCAGGUAGAAGUUCAAGCAUACAAUAAUUCUCAGGACUUUCAGCUGUAAGUGUUCUGAUUCUAUUCUGACUUUCUUCAAUAAAUCAAUCAUGUAGUGUGAUUCUCAGGAGUUAUUUCAGUAGUUGUUGAUUUUGUUUUCCUGAUCA